AUGACUGAACCAGAGGUACCUGAUCCUCCUCGGGUGGAUGCACGGUACGCUCCAAUUGAUUAUCCUAAAAUUGGCCUGCCAAAUGGACCUGUCAAUAUUGAAGGCCGUGAUUAUCUCACGAAAUAUUUGGGUACCGUCAUCCUAACCCUUCUUCACGCGAAGAUUGAAGCAGCGGAUUUUGAACGAUCCGAAUGCUGGGAUGAUAUGACUGAUUGCCAGAAGCCAUUCGGUGUUGAGGACUUUAUGUCAAUGUUGCGAUACACAUCUUCCAUGGCCAUCAGCGUGUUUAGAGACUUUGGGCUGCAGCCAGUGCCUUACCAAAACGCCGAAGCCUUUCUCCAACCGGCUAAUGUGUUGGCUUCUGAAGCCUACACGGGCAACACUAUGCGCGGUAUGGCAACAAUGAUGAUGGACUUGGCAAAUCAGUUAAACCGUGUUGCCUUAGCUCUAACCAAAAAGAUUUGGGCAAGUAAGGGUGGAGUUCCUGCUGAGGUGGAGGACAUGCUUGCUGUCCCUGCUGACAAGAUCCCGGCCAUUGAUCUUCGCUGCCUUCGUCUAUGGUGCGUAUUGAACACCAAGAAGAAGCGUCAAGAGUUUGAGAACCCCAAAAACACAGAUGACGAUAUGAUAAAACUCAUUGAGGGGCUAAAGCAUGUCGUUGAUCCGUCUUGGGAGGUACCCGGAGUUGGUUUCAAGCCAACACAGGCAAGAAAACUUCGAAAAGUCACCGAGGGCAAGGAUAAUUCGCUCGAUUUUAUCGUCCCAAUGAUCAUCCAUAUCUGUAUAGGGAUGGGUAAGGUAAAGGGCAAACCAUUCCACGUUAUCCACGACUCGACCUCCAUUGGCAGUACCCGAGACCGCAUAAGUGGUAUGCCUCACUACUGCAGUAUGCGAUUGAACGCACGCAACCGGAUCGUCGGCGACGUCGAUAUUUCUAAGUGGAGAAAAGCUUUUGAAGAGCUUCGUGAAUUUGACGAGGUUGAAAAAGGAAUCGAGGUCAGCGACGAAAGACUCAGAGACCUCAUGACGGAUGGCAAGUACACACCCCUGAAGAUCACUUGCAAAGAAGAUGCAGUCCAAAUGAUGGGCCGAGCCUAUCUGGCUAAUCAGGCGAUCGGUGUGCCCGAUCUGAGAGAGCCGCUUCCUCCUGCAAAGCUGCAAGCUCUCGACAUUUGGGAGUCGAAGCCUAUCAGAGACUGUUCUAAACACAUUGGCCGGCCCUUCUCUACCGCAAUUAACACUCAACCAGCUGGUUGCUGUUGGAUGUGCAAAGUGGUCAUCAGGUACAAAGAGCCAACGGGUACUACGGUGCUGCAUGACGGCCUCAACCGUAGCGCCUCCAAGAAAGACUUCUUCAGAGACCGCAACGAAACCCCCCAUUCAUGUGCAGAAGUUAUUUGCUCUAGGUAUUGCAUUAUCUUAGAAGAUGACAAGAAACGAAGGGACACGGCAGAAAAGAUGAAGAGGGAGGAGGAGCAGAGGAGGAGGAUGGCCUAUCAACAGAGCAGGGCCCGGUACAGUCAUGUUGCUCGCAGAUGA